AUGAGUGAUUCUGAAGAAGUAUAUGAAGGAGAUCAAAUCCCAUCAGACGAUGAAUCUGUCGAUGGAAAUGGCAUAAGCGAUGAAGAAGGUUAUGACCUGAAUGUAGACUCUGGAAAACAUUAUGAGAAUGAUUCUCGUAGGUUCAAAAAGAGUAAAAUUUCAUCAGAUGAAACUUGGUCAAACCAAUCUUUACCUUUCGAUAACUUACCUUUUACAAAGAACGUUGGGCCAAAGAAUAUUCCUGAUACUAAUAAAAUUAAGAAUGACGUUCCCGUGACUGCAGAUGAGAUAAAGAAAUUUAUUGGAGUGAACAUAAUGAUCGGUGUCAAACAUUUACUAUCUUAUCGUGAUUCUUGGCCUUCAAAUCCUCAGUUGAAUGAUGCUUAUAUAAGCUCGUCAAUGCCGGUUAAAAGAUUCUCUUUUCUGCUUAGUAAUUUACAUUUGAAUGAUCAAACUAAAGAACCUAAAAAAGGAGAAGUUAAUUUCGACAAAUUAUACAAAAUAAGGCCAUUUAUUGACAGAAUUUCUGAAACUUAUAUGCAAUAUUAUGAUCCAACAAGAGAGCAAUCUAUAGAUGAGAGCAUGGUAAAGUUCAAAAGCAGAAAUACUAUGAAACAAUACAUGCCUCAGAAACCCAUAAAACAAGGAUAUAAGAUAUGGGUAAGAUCAGAUAUGAAUGGCUACGUAUGUGAAUUUCAAAUUUACACGGGAAAAAUUAAUAAUGUUACUAAGAAAAAUUUAGGAGAAAGAGUUAUCAUGAGUUUAUCCCAAACUCUGAAAAAUAAAAAUUACCAUAUCUAUUUUGACAAUUACUUUACAAGUACUAAUUUGAUGAUAACAUUAUUGAAAGAUGGAAUUUCUGCCUGUGGGACAAUUCGAAAGGACGAUCUUCCUAAAAAUCAAGGAAAAGAUAAAGACAUGAAGAUGGGUGAUAACCAAUACCGUCCGUCAAAUGAGGGCAUCAGAUAUUUGAAAUGGCUAGACAAAAAACCAGUUCAUUUUUUAUCAAAUUUUCAUGAUCCAUCUGAUUUGUCUGAGGUAGAGAGAAGACAAAAAGAUGGUUCAUUGAAGACUAUAGCUUGCCCUCAAAUAGCGAAGGAUUAUAAUGCUCAUAUGGGAUUUGUUGACAAAUCAGAUCAGAUGAAAUCAUUCUAUGAAAUCACAAGAAAAAGUAGAAAAUGA